AUGAGAUUCCUUUUUGUGGGCUGUGUCGCCCUUCUGGCUGUAUCCGCCUUCAUCCCCCAUGCUUACGCCGAAGACGAAAUUGAAGAUGUGCCGACCAAGGAGAGCAAGGAAGAGAUCAGAGAGGAGGACACAAUAAAACUCGAUGGACUCUCUGUAUCCCAAAUUAAAGAGCUCCGAUCAAAGGCUGAAAAACACGAAUUCCAAGCUGAAGUGAACAGAAUGAUGAAACUCAUUAUCAACUCUCUCUACAGAAACAAGGAGAUUUUCCUUCGUGAAUUGAUUUCCAAUGCUUCUGACGCUUUGGAUAAGAUUCGUCUACUUUCUUUGACCGACCCCGAACAACUCAGAGAAACUGAAGAAAUGACUGUCAAAAUUAAGGCAGAUCGUGAGAACCGUCUUCUCCACAUCACUGAUACUGGACUUGGAAUGACUCGUCAAGACCUCAUCAACAACUUGGGAACUAUCGCUCGCUCCGGAACUUCUGAGUUUUUAUCCAAACUUAUGGACACUGCUACCUCAUCUGACCAGCAACAAGAUCUCAUCGGACAAUUCGGAGUAGGAUUCUACGCUGCUUUCCUCGUCGCUGAUAGAGUUGUUGUUACCACCAAGAACAACGAUGAUGAGCAAUACAUCUGGGAAUCUGAUUCAUCUAGCUUCACAAUUACUAAAGAUCCACGUGGAAACACAUUGAAGCGCGGAACUCAAAUUACUCUCUACCUCAAGGAGGAGGCCGCCGAUUUCUUGGAGCCAGACACCCUGAAAAAUUUGGUCCACAAGUACUCCCAAUUCAUCAACUUCGACAUUUUCCUUUGGCAAUCAAAGACUGAAAUGGUUGAGGAGCCAGUCGAGGAAGAGCCAGCCACCACCGAAGAUGGAGCCGUUGAAGAGGAGAAAGAGGAAAAGAAGACAAAGAAGGUUGAGAAGACUACAUGGGAUUGGGAGAAGGUUAACAACGUCAAGCCAAUCUGGAUGCGCAAACCAAAUCAAGUUGAAGAGGACGAGUACAAACAGUUCUACAAGAGUAUCACCAAGGAUACUGAAGAACCCCUCAGCCAUGUUCACUUCAGUGCUGAAGGAGAAGUCUCUUUCAGAUCGAUUCUUUAUGUCCCUAAGAAAUCGCCAAAUGAUAUGUUCCAGAACUACGGAAAGAUCGUCGAAAACAUCAAGCUCUAUGUUCGUCGAGUUUUCAUCACAGAUGACUUCGCUGAUAUGCUCCCUAAGUACCUUUCCUUCAUUCGCGGAAUCGUUGAUUCUGAUGAUCUUCCACUUAAUGUCUCUCGUGAAAAUCUACAACAACACAAACUUCUCAAGGUUAUCAAGAAGAAACUUGUACGCAAGGUUCUCGACAUGCUUAAGAAACUUGAUGGAGCCCAAUUCGAUGAUUUCUGGAAAGAGUUCUCCACCAACAUCAAGUUAGGAGUUAUGGAGGAUCCAUCCAAUCGCAUGCGCCUUGCCAAGCUUCUUCGAUUCCAAUCAUCCAACGACGAUGAGAAGACUACCACACUUGCCGCUUACGUUGAAAGAAUGAAGGAGAAGCAAGAUGCAAUCUACUACAUGGCUGGAACUUCCAGAAAGGAGGUUGAGACAUCUCCAUUUGUUGAGAGACUCAUCGCCAAGGGUUUCGAAGUUUUGUACCUCACUGAAGCCGUCGAUGAAUAUUGCAUUCAAGCUAUGCCAGAAUACGAAUCGAAGAAAUUCCAAAACGUUGCCAAGGAAGGAGUUAACAUUGAUGAUGGAGAGAAGGCUAAGGAAGCUCACAAGGUUCUCGAGGACGAGUACAAACCUCUCACUGACUGGCUCAAGGAGACUGCUCUCAAGGAUCUUAUCGAAAAAGCAGUUGUGUCUCAACGUCUCGUCAAGUCUCCAUCUGCCCUCGUUGCUUCUUCUUAUGGAUGGUCUGGAAACAUGGAGCGUAUCAUGAAAUCUCAAGCUUACGCCAAGGCUAAGGAUCCAACUCAAGACUUCUAUGCCACCCAAAAGAAAACUUUCGAAAUUAACCCACGCCAUCCAGUAAUCAAGGAGCUUCUCAAGAGAGUAACAGUUUCCGAAGACGACGUUAUUGCUUCUUCGACUGCCAAGUUGCUUUUCGAGACCGCCACUCUUCGCUCCGGAUUCUCCCUCCAAGAUCAAGUUGGAUUCGCCGACAGAAUUGAAGCUGUUUUGCGUCAAUCGCUUGACGUAUCUCAAGAUGCUCAAGUAGAGACCGAACAACACAUCGAAGAAGCUGAGCCAGAAGCAGAAGCCUCCGAAGAAACAACAAUUGAGGAGGAACACUCAGAGCUCUAA